GACCUCCNUCUCUGUGUCUUUCCCGCCAUGUCGUUCGUGGAGAGCGCGAAGCGCUCUUCUUUGCUGCGCCGCCGCCGCGGCACCCCUGUCCCUUUCGCUCGUCCGCGGGUAUCCGCGUUUACUCAAGGGGACAGUUGGGGUGAAGGUGAAGCCGAGGAGGAAGAGGGAUGCGACCAAAUAGCCCGCAACCUGCGGGCAGAGUUUUCUGCUGGGGCGUCGUCGGAGCCUAGGAAGGGCUCGCUACUCCCGCCGGAGAGGGACGGGUCCCCAGUCCUGCCCGAUAAACGCAAUGGCAUCUUCUCGGCGGAUGCGCGCGGCCAAGCCCAGGCUCGGCGGUGGCCGGUCCAGGUCCUCUCAAUUCUCUGUUCGCUGCUGUUCGCCGUCCUCCUCGCUUUCCUUCUCGCCAUCGCCUACUUGAUCGUAAAAGAGUUACAUGCUGAGAAUUUGAAGAAAGAAGACGAUGUAGAUACUGGGCUAUUAGGAUUCUGGACUCUACUUAUAAUAUCCCUAACUGCCGGGUUCUCCUGCUGCAGUUUUUCUUGGACAGUGACUUACUUUGAUUCUUUUGAACCAGGAAUGUUUCCUCCUACUCCUCUUUCACCUGCCAGAUUCAAGAAACUUACUGGACAUUCUUUCCACAUGGGCUAUAGUAUGGCAAUUUUGAACGGCAUUGUAGCUGCUCUUACUGUUGCAUGGUGCCUCAUGUAAACCUACACUGAAGCAAUAUUCUUGGCAAAACUUAGUCACUAUUGCUUUGUAAUACCAUGGAAGAGCAUCAUCUCAUACUCAGAAGACCAAGAAACCUGCUGUUUAUUAUGUGAUUCAGAUGCCUGUCGUAUCAUCAUUACGGAGGACCUUCUUAAGCAUUGUUCUAGAACCUAGGUAUUGGGCUGAGUAUUAAGUUUCAAGUAAUAUCUUAAAAUUGUAAGAUGUUUACCUCAUGUCUUUUGUCUGUGUUAUUUUUCUAAGCUGUAGAAAGCAUUUUAAUGGAACAAACUGGAAAACUUGAAUACAGUAUAUACCUUUCCAUGUAUAUACUACAUUUUCCCUAAGAAAUACUGAUAUUACUGUUUAAUUGAGAUAAAAAUAUAUCUUAAUUAUUCAUUAUAUCAGGAAAACAAAAAUGCCCACUACUUUGACAUUUUAUAGAAGCUACUUUUCAGUCAGAAUAUUUAGUUUUUGAUAUUCAUAUACUGUAAUCAAUAGAAGGUGCAUUUAUAUUUUUUAAUGGUGCAUAGUUUCUUGUGGGGUUUUUUUUUUUACAUAUUUAAUACUACAUAUUGAAUUUGUAUGUUUUAAAAUUGUUACAUCAAGACAAAUGUAAAUGUUAUUCUUUAGCUGGUGCAAACCUAAUACCAAUAUUUUUAAUGUGUAUUUUGUCUUUAAGCAAAAAAAGCAUAUUGACCUUAGUUUAAAAUUAAGCAAACUUAUUUUUAACAAAAAAGUCUGAAAAAAGGUAACUUAUAAGCCAUUAAAAUACUAAGAAAUUUGAAGCUAUUCACUAUUUCUGUUUCCACAAUUCCAAACAUUUAUCCUGGUGUAUAUGUGGUUACUUCAAUAGAACUGGUUUAUUUUGUUUUUAAUAAAUACUAACCUUACAUUUUUAUAUUUAGAAAUGCUUGAACUAGUUGGUUUUUAAUCUCAAAAAUUUACAUACCAAAAUAGAAAAGGUAUUUUGAUACAGUAUGUAUAUAUGUAUAAUUUUUUUAUAUAUAGUUUUGUAAUUUUCCUAUUUAAAUGUUCUUCUGUAA